UUAGAGAUACUUCUCCCCCUCUGACGCAUGCAACCCGUUCGACAACUAAAGCAUGAUGCAGCAACGUGUUAGACCAAUCAAAAAUUUGUAGUAGGCUGCCUGCCCUCUUUUUCCUAGCAGUCCAAAGCGAGAGCUGUACGUGAACAGGUCGUGAGCGGUGGAUCCACCGGCGAUUUCAGAGGCCGCCGAAGCGUAAAUUACUUUAAUUUAUUUUUUUAAAUUCUUCUUUAGUAAAUGCCUAGGUAAUUCAAAAUUUUAAUGAAUAAUAAUGUUUUUCUAAAUUUGAUCUAACAAGUAAUGGAAAACACGAUAAUUAUUUAGUUUUUUUUUUCCCACGUGCACAUAUUUUUUUAACUCACUCCACUCCAGAAAACUAGUGUAUACUUGGUUUAGUGAAAAAGUUGUGUGGAAAAUUUAUCUGAAAUUAUAUACGAUGUAUCGUCAGGCCAUUCUGCAAAUUCUCCCUAAAUGGCAUUUUUGGAACAACAGAGUAUGUUUUUCUCAUAUGAGACUUAAGGAGAAGUUUCAGAAGACCUUAAAAGUUAUCAAGGAAAACAACAGAGCUCAAAAAUUCUGUGGUAUUCUCAUAAACGCUAAAGAAGUCACUCAAGAAUCUAAUUGUAUCUCUCUUCACCCUCCCGUAGAAUAUUCCCUGAACAAAGAUGAGUUAGAAGCUCAUUCAAUUAUCUGUGAGCUAAAAGAAGUCAUUCAUAAAGAUAAGCCUGAAUAUAUUCUAAUUGAUACGAUCUUAAAAGCACUUAGAAAUAGCUCUAAUGAGACACGUCAGCAGCUUAUUUCACUUCUUUUUAGUAUUGAUACGGUUAAUUUCCUGAAUCCCAAGAGCCAGAGUUCAAAAGAAUACUUAAAAUAUUUUAUAAGUGAUGUUGAAUGCUUUUUUAGAAAUGCAAAUAAGUUAAAUCUUAAUGGGAUUUUAGAUACACGAGGAGCUUUAAAAUUGGUUGAAGCUAGAUUAUUUGAUCAUUAUGAGGGAAAUAUUUUAAAUGAUGGAACAAUCUCUAUUCGGCAUUCAAUCUGUUAUCUGCAUUCAAUAGUUACCAAUCUAAUUUUUGAGGAAGGUAAGCAUUCUGAUGAUCAUAAUAGAGAAAUCGAAGCUUUAAUGUCUGAUGCUGUUUCACUAAUUUCAACUAGGUUGUUACUACUGAACAGUGCCUCAAAAUCUAUUAUAGAGAAAUGUUUAUUGGCACGAAGAUCUUCGCUUGCUAUUGAUAGAGAUGAUUUUGAUCUCGAAAAGUUUUAUUUGCGACAGUUUAGAGAUUGCUACAAUUUUUUGGACGUGGUAAAUAUGAACUUUUUUGUAAUUUUUUCUUUAAAAAGUGACUAUGUUCUUGAACAUUGAUAUUUCGUGUACCGU